AUGCUUCGUUACCCCUGCAUGCGGUGUCUCAGGCGUCGUGGCGUGAGUCUCACUACAGGGAUCCUUUGCUCCGCGCCUUGGAGGAACUGCGGCACGCUUAGCAACGCCUCUGCCGACCCACCUGUCCACCCAUGCCUUAUUGAAGAACUGAAGGAGCUCCUGGGGCGUGUUCCCGCUGGAACUUGGAUUCCGGUUGGAACCCUCUACAACGAUCUCUCUCUCGAUAGCCGCAGACGCCACGUCCGGCCACACAAAACACUUGCUGCGGCAUUGUCGAAAACCACCGGGCUUGGUGUGCAUCUGAAUAAAGCGGGUCUUAUGUUCUGUAAGGGAACCCCACCGAGGGACAUUGAUGCACCGUCAAGUGAGGCAACAAAAAAGGUGUUGAAUGCUUCUGUCCACGGUGGCGAUACGGGAACUGCGGGUAGUCGUGGCAAUGGCGGCGUUGGUGCCAGUUCUGAUCAAGUAGUUGGGACCUAUGUGCGGCCCCUUGAAAAAGCCAUGGGGGAGGCCUACAACGAUCUUCCACCGGUGGACUUCUACUACGAUGUUGGGCUCCGCGAGUACCCGCCUCCGCCUCCGGACUUUGAUGUGACGAUAUCAACAUUACCCUCUCCAUCGAUGAUAGGGGGCGAGGCAGUCCUCUCACUUAGUAGUUUUGUUUCGUACAUUCCACCGUUCUUUGUGCCGUUGGCCGAAGUUCUGCAGGAGAUGCCUGGGUAUACGGAGGAGCAUAUCGAAAGAUACUUUAAGCAUAGUGCUGCAGAGGUAGUCACAGUGGCUGGACGAAAAUAUAUUCGCCUCUACGGUGGCUAUGCGAAGUUCCCCCUGGACGGUUGCGAGGCGGCAGAAGAGCGUUUUGCACGAUAUCGACCUAAUCCCUCCGCACUGAAUCCAUUCAUUGCCUCCUUUGGGGGUGUCACAGGGCGUUGGAUGCCGCUCCGGAUUCUUUUGGAGCGCGUGGGCCCUGCGGCGGUGGCAACGUUGCCGUUUAAAGGCCCCGCCGCUAUUAUUUAUUUCGCUCAGAUGCAGCAUGUUUUUGCUUUCGCCGUUGACCGUGACGGGGGCUCAGUACUUUUGCGUCCGCCGGCUUACGAUGGCCUCGAGUGUGAGACGACGCCGACGCCGAAGAGCUGCAACUGCAUCCUGCGCCUGGUCCCACUGGAUGGACAGGUGGACAUUCGCCAGAUCGAGGAGUCCCUUCCUGCCCCCAUUCAGGAAGAGGUGAAACUGUUCUACGGGACGCUGCUGCAAUUCUUUCGCUUCCAUGCCGCCGUAUUUUCGCUUUCAGCAGACGGGUCUGUGGUGAUGCGGCGUCGCUUUAAAGACCGCAUCGAUAAGGAUCAGCUGUCGCUUGAGGAGCAGCUGACCAUUGCCAUUAAUGAACGCAACAAAAAGAAGAUCCGUUCCAUCCGCCGUCGCAUCGCCUUCCGGAAUGAUCCAUCAAACCCCUUUCACGACCCUGACAACCUUGCGCGGGAGCUGCAUCGCUACCUUCCCAAGAAGGGGCACGUGCCACUCAAAACCUUCCUCAAGAAGAAUGUCCCGGAGGAGUUGCUCAACUACCUGCCGCGACGGUUUUGGAAUUUUUUUAACAACUAUCCCCAAUACUUUCAACACUUUGAAUAUCAGGUGGCCGGGCAGUGGUGUGUCUGCCGACCAGGGCUACCGUUGCCGCGUGGCGUCAUUCGGCAGGAAUUCUCAGAGGAGGACCUCGUGCGGUUGGUAGCCGAGUAUCUUCAACAGCGUGGCCCCAAGGCAUGUUCGAAUAUCAUUCUGCAUCUCCCGCGUGGAGCCCAGGAGGCGGUGCGGAAGCGCUACGGUGGUGUGUUCUACCUCGUGCAGGCGUUUCCUCAGUACUUCAAUGUCGUCUUGCCUGCCGAAGAGGGCAAUGUUGUGAGCAUGGCUACCGUGCACCUGGUGGAGCUUCCAGGCGCGGAAUUCACGGGCAAGCCUGGGCCAGCUGCCGACGGGGAGGAUAGGGAGGCAAGGAAGUGGGCCGAGAACGAAGACAUUGACGACGACGGCAAUGAGGAGGACGAAGAGGCGGUGUCGGUGGCCUCACGGUAG